AGCGACAGGACUCAUAAUAGGUGUAACUCAGGAACGACAGUGUUAAGAAGCUUUCGGGGAGACCAGGCUCUGAGACUGUUCUCAGCAGCUUUCUCCAGCACCAACACCCUCCCCAUGUCAGUCGCCAGGGAGAACAGUUUCUACAAAUGUGUGAUUGACACAGACAAUGCAACCCUGGAUUGGGGAAAGGUCUUCGAAUGGGCCCAUGAGGGGAACACGGCGUGCCUGGAACACCUCAUCAGGAAACACCCAAAGUGCCUGGCGGCCAAGGAUGACGCUGGCGCCACCCCACUCCACCACGCCACCUCUGGGGGGAGCCUGGAGGUUAUCCGGCUGUUGGUCAGCACCAGCGGACCGGAGGGACUGAACAUGUGUGAUGGUCAGGGCAAUACGCCGCUGCACUGGGCCGUGGAGAAGCAUGUUGGGGACAGCUGUGCACUCCUGCUGAACCUGGGUGCCAACCCCAACGUCCUCAAUGCCGCCCUCAUGUCUCCUCUACACCUGGCCAUCAGCAAGGGACACAACGACAUGGUGGAGCUCCUGUUGUCCUUCAGUGUCACAGAUGUAAACCUGGAGGGAGACCUGGAGAACACACCUGUCAUGCUGGCCUGCUCCAACAACAACUGCCAGGCCCUAAACAUACUGUUUAAGUAUGGUGCAAAAUUGUGCUCCCAGAAUAAGCUGGGCCACUAUGCUAUCCAUGCAGUGACUUUUAAUGGGUCCAAGGAAGCCAUGGAAGUGAUUAUAAAGAAAGGGGAAGAGUUUGGACACAGCGCUGAGACUCACCUGAACUACCUGGACAAAUCCCAAUGCAGUCCUCUGCAUCUGGCUGUGCGUGGAGGCAACAUUGAAGUAAUCAAACUCUGCAUUGAGAAAGGGGCAAGAAUUAAUCAGCAACAGGCUGACAAAUCCACGGCUCUGCACCUGGCCUGCACUUUGGCCAACCCCAGGCUGACAAAUGCACGGCUCCUGCCUCCAUGGGCAACAAUAUUUGAUCAUGUGGAAUUGGCAGAAUAUCUUAUUUCAAAGGGGGCAGACAUUGACUGCAUUGACUGCAAGGGCCUGUCUCCGCUGUUGCUAGCCACAAGCUGUGGAGCGUGGAGGGCAGUAGCCUUUCUACUGUCCAAAGGAGCAAAUAUGAAAAUCAAGGACGAAGAGGGACGCAACUUCCUGCACCUUGCCACUUUCCAGGCCAAAGGACUGAAAUGCAUACCUGAGCACAUCUUACAGACUGCCACCGUGAGGGACCUCCUGUGUGAUGAGGAUAAUGAGGGGUGCACUCCCCUGCACUACGCCUGCAGACUGGGGAUCCACGACAGCGUUAAGAACAUUCUGGUCCUGCAAGUGUGCCCCAAACGCAAGUCCAAAAACAAGAAAUCAGCCUUUCACUUCGCAGCUGAGUAUGGGCGUAUAAACACAUGCCAUAGACUCCUGGAGAGAAUCACAGACUCACAGAUGCUGAACGAGGGUGAUGAACAUGGCCUCACGCCACUCCACCUGGCCUGCCGCGGCGGGCACACCAAAGUGGUGGAACUGCUGCUCAGGAAAGGAGCUUUGUUUCAAAGUGAUUACAAAGGCAUGACAUGUUUACAUCACGCCGCUGCCGAGGGCUACACACAGACCAUGACAAUCCUCCUGGCAGCCAACGUCAAACUACUGGACAAGGCCGAUGAGGAUGGGAACACAGCUCUGCACCUGGCUGCCAGAGAGGGACAUGUUGCUGCAGUGAAACUUCUGAUGGAGAGAGGUGCUUCCAUUGUUCUGAACAACAGCGAUGCCUCUUUCUUCCAUGAAGCAGUGCAUCAUGGGAAAAAGGAAGUGGCAGAUGCCAUCAUUGAUAAUGAAAGGUUAAACGAAGCUAUUAAAACAUUUAAGCAUAGUUCUGACCAUCGCUGUGUGGCUAUUGACUUAAUUGAGUUAAUCCCCGAAUCCUUCAAGCACUUACUGGACCUGUGCAUCAGAGAGUCAGACCAUGAUGCCAACAGCCCUGACUACCAUAUCCAGUAUAAUUUCCAGUGGCUCCAAGCACCAGUUCAGUUGAAGAAACAUGCCAAGACUGACAAGAGUCUGAGAAUGCAACCUUUGGCAUGUAUGAAUGCCAUGGUGCAGUACCACCGUGUUGAGCUUCUUACCCACCCAGUGAGCAAUAAGUACCUUGAAAUGAAAUGGCUGGCGUACGGGAGUAAAGUUCACCUGCUCAAUCUGGUCAUAUACCUGCUUGGCUUGCUGCCCCUCACCUUCCUCAUCAUCAACCUAAGGCCUACGCAAACCAUGGGCCAGAACGGAACAUCUGUCAUGGUCAGCCCCAUCCCAAUCCGCCAGAGCAGUUAUCUAAUCACCUCAAGCAAGAUCAUGGUCAUUGUCAUAAGCUGCUAUGCCAUAUUAAAGCAGAUCACUCAGAUGUCACAGCAGAAAAUGAAGUACUUGAAAGACCCCUCGAACCCAGCAGAAUGGGCGACCUCUAUCGCCAGUUUGAUGUUCACGAUUCCGAUCAUGUUUGGUGUGGAGGACAACUGGGUCUGGGAGGCCGGAGCUGUGGCCAUCCUGUUGGCUUGGGUCAACUUCCUGCUUUACCUGCAGAGGUUUGAGCACUUUGGAAUUUAUGUUGUGAUGUUUGGUGAGAUCAUCAAAACACUGUUCAGUGUCAUUGUGCUCGUCAUCUUCCUGGUCCUGGCAUUUGGCUUGUCCUUCUAUGCUCUCAUGCUCCAUCAGAGUGAGUUUCACUGGCUAGGCCUGUCUCUGGCUCAGACCUUUGUGAUGAUGGUGGGGGAGCUCAACUACCAGAGCAACUUCUUCGCGGCCUUCGAGGGCAAUCGGUUGGCCUUCCCCCAGAUCACCUACGUGGUCUUCGUCUUUUUCAUUCUCCUCAUGCCCAUCCUGCUCAUGAACCUCAUGAUUGGUUUGGCAGUCGGAGACAUUGCUGAAGUGCAGAGGAACGCCUGUCUGAAGCGGAUCGCCAUGCAGAUUGAUCUUCACACAAACCUGGAGGAGAAGCUUCCAUAUUGGAUCCUUAAGCGAGUGGACAAGUCCUCCAUCACUGUUUAUCCUAACAAGCCCUGCAGAAAUAGGAGCAUGUUCAAGUUUUGGCACUCAAGGGACGUGUCGGCGGUGCGGAGCCGUCUGAACACCGGUGGCCAGGAGCUCACGCCGGUGGAGACGGAGCUGAGGAAGCAGAAGCUCAGAUUAAGGGAAAUCUACAGCGUCCUGGAGAAGCAGCACAGCAUGGUGAAGCUGAUCCUGCAGAAGAUGGAGAUCACGUCGGAGGCGGAUGACUACGACGGACCGGACGAUGCCCACAGCGGCCGGAGGGGCCGCUCCAAAGGUCCAGAUGGAUCCCCCUUGUCAAAUCUCUUAAGUCAAGUCACCACUGAUUGCACGUAUGCCUGGUAUGCUGGUGGUCAAAGAGACAAUUGGCUACAGAAAGGUUUCAGAGACCUCAGCAAACCCUUUUUUCCUGUGUUGUAUUCAGUGCCAGUUAUUUAUCUUGAAAAUAUAGUUAUAGGGAUACAUCAUGUCAGGUGUUUCCUGAACAUUUGUAAGCUCGCCAGCUUGUGUGCUACAGCUACAUUUUAACUAUAUCUUUAUUUAGGUCAAUAUAGGUGCUUUUUAGGUUGGGAUGAAGACAGGAUGGUUGUAUAUCCUCACAUUGAAAUUGCAAUUAUGCUUGCUGAGGAGAGAAACAACAAGAUGUUUGUGGAGGACUGGAGUUCUUUUUUAGACUGUUAGAACAUAUCACAGUAUCCUAUAAAAUUUCUGUUGAUUAUUUACACUCUUUUCCCCUGUGAUUGUCUGUUCAUGUUGUAAUGGAAAUGAAAGUUUGUCAUUUGACAUCAGUUUACUUGCAUGUGACAAUAUGUGUAUGUACCUGUUUUCUGCAUGUACUGUAAUUCACAACAUACAGUAUACAGUCUUGCUUCAUAUGCAUCUGGUGAUCAGUCUACAGAAGUAGACAGUAUAUCUCGCCCCAUUUUGCAUAAAAGUGUUGAUGAGAACAUAUUUACCAAAGACAUAACAUCUGACGUACUUCCAUUUCACUAACCCUCACAGCAAGUACAACAACACGUUGUGAAUUUCACAUGCUGAUUAAGUGUAAAGUACACAGUAACUGGUUACUAUAAAGCAUGGUCAUAUAUACAGUAUAUCUUAUAUUUAAUACUGUGACUUAUUUCAUCUCAAUUUUGUGGUUAUUCUGUGGUUGGUCAAGUAAUACAUGAUGCUUGCCUCUG